AGGUAAGCGGAAGUGAUUGGCUUAGAUGGAUAAUCAGUUAGCUUACUUCUUCCUCUAAUCAUUUAUGGUCAGCAAUUCAACGAAACACGUUUUUGUCACAGUUUCAGUGAAAUUUUAGCGUGCCAUCAUGGCAGGCGCGUCCCUUGGCAAAAAGUUGCUCAGAAACGUCAUCCGCCACACAGACAUACACAACAAGAUUCAGGAGGAGUCGGAGAUGUGGAAGCUGAGGGGCCGAGAGAAGCACGUACCGCCAUCUGACCACUCCAGCCGCAAACCGCCCUCCACUGCCAGGGGCUACAUGCACUGCGACCGCGAUGAGGACGACUCGUCGCCGUCGCGUGACAGAGGAGGGGUCCGAGAUCGCCUGUCCGAGAGACACGAGAGGGGGAGACCACUCUCUGACCGAGACGAGCGGGAGGCGCGGUACUGGACACGAAAGCUCUAUGAGUUUGAGGCCAACGAUCCAGACAGGUGGGGCCACAGUGGUUUUAAGGAACUCUACCCUGAGGAGUUUAAAUCAGAUGGCAGGGGCGAGAGCAGCGGCGGCGACGACAACGUCCGGCACAAGAAGAAGAAGUGCAAGAGCAGCCGCGAGGCCGACCACAGGAAGCACUCCAGCAAGUCCUCCAAGAAGAAGAAGAGGAAAAAGGAGAAGAAGAAGCAGCGGAGGGCGGAGACGUCGGACUCGGACUCCGGGGACUCGGACGGGGAGGCGCGCAGGAAGAGGAGGAGGAGAGAGGAGGAGAAGAGGAAGGUGCGCCGGAAAGAGAGGAGAGAGGACGAGAGCAGCUCGGAGGAGAGCGAGAGCGAGGGAGAGGGGGAGCGGGAGAGGGAGAGACGCGGAGGCGGAGGCGGAGGCGGACGCAGGAAGAGGCACAGACACAGACGCAACUCGGACUCCCACCAGGAGCGGCCCAGCAAGAAGAGAAAGAACUGGAAGGCUGCGGACGGGGAGAAGACGGACGAGAGCUCCGACGACUGAGACUGUUUCUCUCUCGCGCACACACACACACACACACACACGCACACACGCACACAUACACACACACACACACACACACACACACACACACACACGCACACACACUCCUGUGUCCUUACUCAGAGGCAUAGUUUAAUGUGUGGUGUGUAACACCUGAUGACUUCAGCAGCUGUGUCAUCAAGGCUUGUUUCAUCCUCAGGGACGGACACACACACACACACACACACACACACACACACACACACACAUACAGACCCACACAAUAUCUCUCUCCCUCUCAUCACUCCCUGUUCUGACACAUGUGGACCUGAACAAAGCAGUUGUAUUUUUAAAGAUUUUUUUAGUUUUUUGUGUCAAGGUUUUUUUUGUAAGUUAUUUUUGGUGCUUGUGAUAAAUCAUGAACAAUCUGGAAGAACACCUAAAGGAGUCUACCUCAGCAGUCCAGAGUGGGGAGGAUUUGCUUGGGACAUUCAGACUACAGUCUAUUAGUGAAAAUAGGACAUUUUAAGCCUCCCUACAGUUUCAAGUGAAAACGGGCAUCAACAUCAUGUAUCAGCCUGGUGUGACCGCCUACAAAUGAAAGUCAAAUAAAUCACAGCAUAUUUUUACAGCUA